AUGGGUCUUCGAAAACGCCUGGAGCUCCGCUCCGAGAGCGCCGAGCUUGGCACGGAGGGGGGCCGGCUCUCCAACAAGGACAUGGACCCGAUCCCGAUGGGCUCGCCCGAGCGCACCUGGGGUUGGCCGAGUCUACUCGGCUUCUGGAUCGCCGAAGCAUUUUCAAUCUCCAUGUACCAAGUUUCAUCGACAUCGGUAACAAAAGGCCUCAAUCCCGGUCUUGCCAUCCUCGCGGUCUUCAUCGGCCAUGUCUUGGUGUGCAUCCCCGCCAUGCUCGACGGAUGGGUCGGCUGCAUUCUUGGAGUCAACUUUCCCGUCUUCACGCGAGCCUCGUUUGGCAUACGGGGCUCGUACGCCGCCGUGUUCGUGCGAGGAGUGGUCGCCUGUAUCUGGUUCGGCACGCAAUCCUUCCAGGGAGGGCAGUGCCUGCAGGUCAUGAUAUCCGCCAUCUGGCCUCAGUUCGACAGCUUUCCGAACCACUUAUCGGCCGACGCCCACGUCACAAGCUCUGAGCUCCUUUGCUUCUUCCUCUUCAUCAUCAUCCAGCUGCCACUGCUUUGGUUGCACGUGAGCAGUCUGAGGUACAUGUUCAUGGCCAAGACGGUCAUCAUGCCAAUCUUCGGCUUGACUCUCUUCAUCUGGGCCAUCGUUGCGGGCAAGGGCUUCGGACCUACCUUUUCCAAACCAACCAUCAUCAAGGACGGGACCCCAGCUGUCGUGGUCUUCUUCCAGUGUGUCACGAGCGCCAUCGGCCCGAAAGCAACCCUCGCUUUGAACAUGCCCGACUUUACCCGCUACGCCAAGGACCCCAAGCAGGUCUUUUGGACCCAAGCCGUGGGAUUAUGUGUCCUUGUUACGAUGUGUGGUGUCCUGGGUGCGACGGUCAGCAGCGCCUCCGAGGUCAUCUACGGCAAGGUGACGUGGAAUCCCUUGGAGGUUGCCAGGCUGUGGGACAACCGCGCCGCACAGUUUUUCGCGGGCCUCUGCUGGGCAUUCGCCGUGAUCGGCACCAACAUCAGCGCCAACAGUGUCUCAUUCAGCAACGACCUGUCUCUCUGGUUUCCGAGAUACAUCAACAACAGACGCGGAGCCUACAUCUGCGCCGUCUUUGGCGUGUGUGCCGUACCGUGGUACAUCCAGUACAGUGCCCAGUCCUUUUCUUCCUUUCUGGGCGGCUACUCCCUUUUCCUGGGUGCCAUUGCAGGCAUAAUCGUCACCGACUUCUGGAUUUGCCGCGGCCGUAAGAUCGCGGUAUCGUCGCUCUAUUCUCCACGCGGUAUCCACUACUACACCUUCGGAUUCAACCCUCGAGCCAUUAUCGCCUUCAUCUUCGGCAUCGUCCCGAACAUGCCUGGACUUGCAGCUGCUUGUGGUGCAAAGGGGGUUCCGCGAGGGGCGGUAUAUCUGUACAGCUUGAGUUGGCUGGUUAGCACGUUGGUUGCGGGUUUCACGUACUGGCUGUGCUGGAAGAUCCGACCGUUCGCAGUGGACGAUGCCAGGGAGCAGCUGUAUGUGGAUGGAUAUGCGGAGGGAGAAGAGUCGACCGGGUCGGAGAAGGGCAUGGAGACUAAAGAGCCCGACGCCAAGGCUGUUUGA